GACAUCCCCCCUCCCUCCCCAGUGCCCGCCGGCCGCUCCUGCCCGCGCCGUGCCAGCCCCGGCGGGUGCCCCGAGGCGUCCCCAUGGAGUGACCCCGCGGGGGUCUCUCGGUGCCAGGGGGACCCUGGCUCCCACCACCAGCAUGAGCGACUUCUGGCACAAGCUGGGCUGCUGCGUCGUGGAGAAGCCCCAGCCCAAGAAGAGGAGGAGGAGGAUCGACCGCUCCAUGAUCGGGGAGCCCAUGAACUUCGUGCACCUGACACACAUCGGCUCCGGGGACAUGGCUGCGGGAGAGGGGCUGCCCAUGACCGGAGCCGUGCAGGAGAUGCGAUCCAAGGGCGGCCGGGAGCGACAGUGGAGCAACUCCCGGGUGUUGUAGCGUAUUCCUGGCGUUUUCAGCCCAAACUUGAACUGCCCCCCCCUCCCCGCCGGAGGAGAGGCCGCCCUGGAGCACUCGCGGUAUUUAUGCAGCACCAGCCUCGCCCAGCUCCCGCUGACUCCUGGCUGUCAUCCCCCUGGAAAAUCCCUCCUUCCCGGGGGCAUCGGGCCGGUGACACGGGGAGGGGGCGAGGACAGCAGCCCCCUCCUCCUGCCCCCCCUGGAAAGGACCGUGCCAGGAGCUGCCAGGCGCAGCCCACGCGUGCCAAACCUCCCCGGGAUUCCCUCUGUCCACUCCAGCGUGUCCUGGGGGCUGCUGGGUGCCUCAGUUUCCCCAGGGAGAGGGUGCAGAGGUGGCUUUGGUGCCUCCUGGAAUGGCACAGAGGAGCAAAACCGGGAUUAACCCGCGACGUUCUGGUGCCAAACCGGGGUCAAACCCGAGAUGUUCUGGUGCAAAACCAGGAUAUGGCGUAAAAUGGGGAUCAAACCCCGGUGCUUCAGUGCAGAGCAGGGACUGAACCCCAGUGCUUUGGAGCAAAACCAGGAUUAAACCCCGAUGCUUUGGGAUUAAACCCCGAUGCUUUGGUGCCAAACCAGGAUCAAACCCCGACGCUCCGGUGCCUCACCAUCACCGAGCCUGCAGUGCCUCCCCCCGGCAUUCCCACCACUGCCAAACUCCCCCCUUUUUUUAGGAUAUGUUCUUUUUUCUAAGCUCCAAAACCCACCUGAGCAGCCUCUGGUGGGGUCCCCUCCACCCAGGACUGUCACCUGCAGAGGCAGGACAGGGCCCGACCCCAGGAGGCUCCCGAAUUCAGGCGCGGGUGUACAUAGUUUAAUUAGCGCCGUUUAAUUAGGAUUAAAUGUUAAAACAGCCUG